UUUAAACCCCGCCACUUUAAAGGUUUUAUUUGUUUUAAAGGAUCAAAAAACAAAGGAGCUUCUGGAGGAGUUCUUCUCACACGCACGCAGGAUUUCUCGUCCCUUUGAACGUGUUCCUGAGAGGAACCGGGUUCGAACAUGGAGGAGCAGGAGUGUUACCAGCACCCGUUCGUCCACCGGGUGCAGCUGACCACAGCCCAGAGGAUCAGGGGCGUCAUCCUGGGCAGCUUCCUGUUCCCUGUGCGCGUCACAGUGGCGGCCAUAUUGUUCCUGGUGGCCUGGCCCGUGGCCCGGCUGCGGCUGGCCGGCCUGUCGGAGGAGGAGCGCGCCCGGCCCGUCACCGGCUGGCGCCACCACCUCUUCCACCCGAUCAUCUUGGGCCUGAGCCGAGGCGUCUUCUUCACCCUGGGCUUCCUGUGGGUGAAGGUCAAAGGUCGCAGGGCCGACCUGAAGGAGGCGCCGGUGCUGGUGGUGGCGCCGCACAGUGGCUACCUGGACAUGAUGGUUCUGUGUCAGACGCAGCUGGCCACGGUGGUGUCGCGGUCGGAGAACUCCAGCCUGCCGGUCGUCGGAGCCUUGCUGGAGUUUAACCAGGCGGUGCUGGUGAGCAGGAAGGACCCCGAGUCGAGGAAGAAGGCGGUGACCCAGCUCAACGAGAGGCUGACCUCUGAUGGCUACUGGCCUCAGAUGCUGGUGUUUCCAGAGGGAACCACAACUAACGGCCAAUCUCUCCUCAAAUUCAAACCAGGUGCCUUCGUCGCCGGCGUCCCGGUCCAACCUGUUCUGUUGCGUUACCCCAACAAGCUGGACACCGUUCGCUGGACAUACAAAGGAACCACCUGGCUUGAGGCUCUGUGGCACACCACGUCACAGCUCUACACCAACAUGACGGUCGAGUUCCUGCCCGUCUACAGCCCGUCGGAGGAGGAGAAGAAGGAUCCCAACCUGUACGCAGACAAUGUUCAGAAGCUCAUGGCCGGGGCGCUCGGACUCCCAGCUACAGACUACGUGAUGGAGGGUGGAGUUCCCGUCAACAAACUGGGAGGUCUCUCUCUCCCAGUGGAGUCUCCCGCCAGGAACACGCUGUCGCUGCUGUACAAGAGCGGCCUGCAAGCUUCUGCAGUUGAAGAAGCACUGGACCGAAUGAUUGACAGGUGUCAGUCAGGAGCUCCGGGGUCAAAGGUCGGCGCAGAGGAGCUCUCCUCGAUUCUCGGACUGACGGAGAGAGAGACGGCCGUCACCGUCUGCAAGUUCUACUCCAAGGAUGAAACCGUGGAUGUGGGACAGUUUUAUUUGAGUGUCGCUGCUCUCUCAGGAUUCCUCAGUUUCAAAUCUCUUCUUCACAAAGCUUUCAAUCUGUUCGACAGGGAGGGCCGAGGGAGUCUGAGUGCAGAGCAGCUGUCGGGCCUCAUGGGGGCGCUGCUGGGAGUUCCUCAGUACAACACCUCUCCUCUGUACCAGGAGGCCUCACAUCAGGACGAGCUGACGGAAGCCAAUCUGCUGCGAGUGCUGACCUCCCACCCGACCUAUCAGAGGGUGGUGAACGAGUACCUGCAGCCGGUGGAGGCGGGCCCUCACCUGCCCUUCACCCCCCUGGCGGGGGGGAGGGCUGUGAACAACAACAGAUAUGUGCACGACAGCAAAAAGCUUGAAUGAGGAUUUUUCUGAGGAUUCCUUUAAGAAGAAGUUUCUCCAGGACGACCAGUCACGUUUUUUAUUCUCCAGGACGAUUUGAAUCGACGAGAUUUUUGGAUUUUAUAAAAUUUCAGUGUUUGAUUGAAGACUUCAGGAAAUCUUCUUGUUCCGGAUGUUUUUAAAAGAACUCUUAUUAUUUUUGUCACUUGAAGCCAUAACAUGUUUUAUUUAUAGAGUUUCCUCUUGUGGUUAUGAAAUGUUUUCUCUUUUUUAAAGGGACGAGGGAUUGUGCAACAAAAACUACCCAGUAAAUCAAAGUUGAUCAUGUGUAAAUGAAAUGUU